UCCGUAUAUAUCCGUAUGCAUCCGUUAUAUCAUUCCUUUCUAACGUCCGUUAAUAAAAAACAUUUCACCCUCUUGAACUGCAGUUGAAGCUCCGCCCCCUAUUCAAAGUGUUGGGUAUAAAAAGAGUGCUUCAAUGAUUAGCAGUCUGAAUUUGAGCACUGAGGAGAGUACAUAGCAACAUGUUUCCCACCUAUCUUUCCUACAGUUUUGAUGUUCUGCUGUGGCGUUCCCAAGCAAGAAGGAUACGAGAUGCUGAAAGACGCCGCCAACGCCGUCGAAGAUAUUGGAUCCAUCCCAUCACUGCGUCACGGAUGACCCACGGGGUUCACAGCACUUUGUAUGUGGAGCUGCGGCAGCAUCCAGACAAGUUUGCAAGCUACUUACGGAUGUCUGUAUCAACAUUUGAUGACCUUCUAGCACGCAUCAGUGAACGGAUACGUCGGCAAGACACCCACCUGAGAAGGAGUAUCUCACCAGAGGAACGCCUAAUCGUAACCCUCAGGUUCCUGGCAUCUGGUGAGAGUUUUUCGUCUCUGCACUUCCAGUUUCGCCUGGGUAUUUCCACCAUCUCUGGGAUUGUCCGGAGCACCUGCGAUGCCCUGUGGGAUUGUCUUGUAGAAGAAUUUAUCCCACAACCUUCUACAGAACUUUGGCUUCAAAUUGCUGCGAAGUACCAUGAAGUAACACAGUUUCCAAACUGUGUAGGUGCAAUCGAUGGGAAGCACAUCAGGAUCCAGAAGCCAGCGCACACUGGGUCCGAGUACUUCAACUACAAGAAGUUCUUCUCCACUAUACUUAUGGCCAUUGCGGAUGCGCAGUACAGAUUCGUCGCAGUGGACAUUGGGUCAUAUGGAAGAACCAAUGACUCACGUGUGUUCAAGAACUCAGUGAUGGGGAGGAGGAUCUACUCUGGUGAGAUGGGACUUCCUGAACCAAGGGCCUUUCCUGGGACCGAUGAACCGCCAAUGCCUUUUGUUUUCAUUGGUGAUGAGGCUUUCCAGAUGUGUGGCAACUUGCUGAAGCCCUACUCCAGCCGAGGACUAGACCAACGCAAGCGCAUCUUCAAUUACAGACUGUCAGGCGCACGACGCUAUGUGGAGUGUGCAUUUGGAAUUUUUGCUGGUAAAUGGCGGAUCUUUAACCGGCCAAUCCAAUUGCACCCAGACGUGGUUGAUCAGGUUGUUAAGGCAGCUGUUGUUUUACACAACUUCAUCCUAACCAAGGAGCCUUCCCCCAGUGAUCCUGAAGAAGUUGAAUCAGCUCUGCCUGGAAUAGAGCAGAUAUCCAGAAGAGCUACCCAGGUCAUCAUGCGUCUCAGAGACGAUUUUUCACAGUAUUUCCUUACAGAAGCUGGCAUGGUGUCUUGGCAGGAUCGUAUGAUGUGAACUUUAUUUGAAUUCUUUAUUUUUGGUGGAAAUAAAUCAUUGUAUGUUUGAUUGCUUUUAUGAUGCUGGAGGGUGUACAAUCUAUGCCCCAGUGUACAAUUGACACUGGGGCAUAGAAUGUGCACCCUCCAACAUCAUGCUAUUAAUGUGCUUAUAUCAAUUUGUGUUUGUACACAUUGAUUGAAUGAUUCUGGAGGGUGUACAAUCUAUGCCCCAGUGUACAAUUGACACUGGGGCAUAGAAUGUGCACCCUCCAACAUCAUGCUAUUAAUGUGCUUAUAUCAAUUUGUGUUUGUACACAUUGAUUGAAUGAUUCUGGAGGGUGUACAAUCUAUGCCCCAGUGUACAAUUGACACUGGGGCAUAGAAUGUGCACCCUCCAACAUCAUGCUAUUAAUGUGCUUAUAUCAAUUUGUGUUUGUACACAUUGAUUGAAUGAUUCUGGAGGGUGUACAAUCUAUGCCCCAGUGUACAAUUGACACUGGGGCAUAGAAUGUGCACCCUCCAACAUCAUGCUAUUAAUGUGCUUAUAUCAAUUUGUGUUUGUACACAUUGAUUGAAUGAUUCUGGAGGGUGUACAAUCUAUGCCCCAGUGUACAAUUGACACUGGGGCAUAGAAUGUGCACCCUCCAACAUCAUGCUAUUAAUGUGCUUAUAUCAAUUUGUGUUUGUACACAUUGAUUGAAUGAUUCUGGAGGGUGUACAAUCUAUGCCCCAGUGUACAAUUGACACUGGGGCAUAGAAUGUGCACCCUCCAACAUCAUGCUAUUAAUGUGCUUAUAUCAAUUUGUGUUUGUACACAUUGAUUGAAUGAUUCUGGAGGGUGUACAAUCUAUGCCCCAGUGUACAAUUGACACUGGGGCAUAGAAUGUGCACCCUCCAACAUCAUGCUAUUAAUGUGCUUAUAUCAAUUUGUGUUUGUACACAUUGAUUUAAUGAUGCUGGAGGGUGUACAAUCUAUGCCCCAGUGUACAAUUGACACUGGGGCAUAGAAUGUGCACCCUCCAACAUCAUGCUAUUAAUGUGCUUAUAUCAAUUUGUGUUUGUACACAUUGAUUUAAUGAUGCUGGAGGGUGUACAAUCUAUGCCCCAGUGUACAAUUGACACUGGGGCAUAGAAUGUGCACCCUCCAACAUCAUGCUAUUAAUGUGCUUAUAUCAAUUUGUGUUUGUACACAUUGAUUGAAUGAUGCUGGAGGGUGUACAAUCUAUGCCCCAGUGUACAAUUGACACUGGGGCAUAGAAUGUGCACCCUCCAACAUCAUGCUAUUAAUGUGCUUAUAUCAAUUUGUGUUUGUACACAUUGAUUGAAUGAUGCUGGAGGGUGUACAAUCUAUGCCCCAGUGUACACUUCACACUGGGGCAUAGAAUGUACACCCUCCAACAUCAUGCUAGUAAUGUCCCCAUUUUAAUUUAACAAUAGUACAGUUGUACCUUUUACCAGAACAUUGUGAAUGAAACACAGACUGGUACUGUGAAAAAUAGACAAACUAAAUUUUCUUUUUAUUUUUUUAUUAAAUAAAAAUAAAUUAACAAGA